UGUGGAAUGAAUUUUCUCGGUGGCUGUUUCUCUUUAUCCACGAGACUGUUUGCUCCGUGCCUUUUCCUUCCGCAUCACUCACCUUUUGCUCGGACUUUUUUUUUCCUUCCCCCAUCAAUCGAUCCAUCCCCAUUCCCAUUCCCAUUCCAGCUCCACUCUACCGUCCAGCCCUCGCCAUCACCAUGUUCGCCCCCCGUGUUGCUGCUCCCCUCAGGACCAUCGGUCGCAUCCAGACCGCGUCCAUGGUCAAGACCGCCUUCGUCAAGACGCGCGUCAUGGCUCCCGUCGGCACCAGAAUCUUGUCGACCUCCCAGCCCACCCAGAAGGAGAUCACUGUCGCUCCUCUCGUUGACCAGCGCAAGAACCGCCCUCUCGCUCCUCACCUUACCAUUUACCAGCCUCAAUUGACCUGGUACAUGUCUCUGUUCCACCGUGCCACCGGAGGCGCUCUCGCUGUCGGCUUUUACGGUGGAGCGAUCGCCUAUGCUGUCGGACCCAUGGUCGGUCUCGGCUUUGAUGCCGCAACCGUGACAUCAGCGAUCGCCACCCUCCCCGUCGCUGCCAAGAUCGCUGGAAAGUUCGUUGUUGCCUUCCCCUUCACCUACCACUCCUUCAACGGUAUCCGUCACUUGCUCUGGGAUACCGCCCGCGGAUUGACCCUCAAGGGUGUUUACGCUACCGGCUACACCGUCUUGGGAUUGAGCACAGUCUCGGCCGUUGCCUUGGCUUUGAUAUAAUUUAGAAGGAAGGAUUGUUUAACGACAGGAAGAUGUAGUUGUUGUGAAAAGGUGCAUUUUGCGGAUAGCAAUAAACGAUACUAGGGAUCAGUGUAAAGUGAAG